CUUCGUAGGGCGAAUUUAAUUGCGAAACAUGUUGUCAAUAGUUAGGAUUUGUAGCGGUAAUUUCUUGAAAUUAAAGACGUUAAAUAUAGGACAUUUAUUGCCGGUAAAGAACGUCUCCACUGCUAAAUAUGCUCUUUUGGCUGGACAUUCUAAAUGGGCGAAUAUUCGUCAUAUUAAAGCUGCUAAAGACGGACAAAAAGCUACACUUUUUACAAAAAUUUCUCGUCAGAUAAGGCUUGCAAUUCAGGACGGUGGAAGUGCGGAUCCUUCUCUAAAUUCACAAUUAAAGAGCAUUAUUGAUGAAGCACUUCGAAAGAAUAUGCCCAUGGCCUCCAUUCAAAAUAGUAUACAAAAAUGUAAGCAGAGUAAAGAUAUAUUAAAAAGAUAUAAAUUGGAUUUGCGAUACAAGCAAAAGGUUUUUGCGGUGUGUAUUAUAUAUACAGACAAUUACCCGGGUGUAAAAAUGGAUAUGGCUACAGUACUAAGAAAAUCAGGUGCUACUAUUUUAGAUGCCAAUCACCUUUUUGAGGAAAUUGGGCUUGUGCAAGCAGUAAUUGAUAAAUCACGAUUGCAACAUGUUAAUGACCUUGAAGAUGUAAUUACGGAAGACGCUAUUAAGUUUGGUGCUGAAGAAAUUGAAAUUUUGGAUAAAGAAAAUGGUGUUGUUAAUUUUAUUUGCAGACCUUUUGAAAUAAUGGCACUUCGGAAAUCUCUUGAAGCUAAUGGCUAUGUAACUGACAACACAGAGCACAUUUAUAUUCCACUGAACAUUGUGGAACUGCAUCCAGAUGAAUCUAUAGAAUAUCAAAAGUUUGUUACAAAACUAAAAGAAAUACCUGGAGUUGAAGAAAUAUAUGACAAUAUUAAUGCAAUAUAACAAAUAAAAUCAUAUUAUUUUAGAUAAAUAAUUAUAUCUAAAUCAAGA